ACAAUAAAAAUUAGAAAAUCUACAGUCCACUUAUUAUACAUAAAAAUGGUCCAGUCGAUCCGGAUGGUAUAAAUCAGGAUUAAUUAGAAUUCGAUGGAUGAAGUGUAUUUUCAUCUUGGCCGACUACACUGCUAUCACCUGCUAUCACCUACAACGUGCAGUGCAGCACAUAUGCACAUCGAAAUAGAACUAAUCUAUAAUUUUACAAAAAAGUUACGUUAAUCAAUCGAUGCAAUGGCUGAGUUGAAGAGGUUCAAGGCGAAACGGGCUUACUGCAAGGCGAGUGUUACACGCAUUUCAAAUUUUCUUAAUCUGCACAAAGACGCUACUCUCACCGACACAUUAAUAAACGAGUUGGAGGUACGCAAGGGAAUGUUAUCGAACUGCUUUAAGGAGUAUAAUAAUUGCCAAGUCGAAAUUUCAUUUUUGGAGGAAGGGGAACCGGAGAUUGUUGACGACUUCGAAAAUAAGUACAUCAAAUUGAUGGCUGAAAUCGACACAAAAAUAAAGGCGUUCCAUUGUCGUCUAGCACCAAUUGACAGUUCGCACAGUGCUUCUCAACCAUUGGCAUCAAACCAUGUUACAGUACCGGACAUCCUAAAACCCAACACCAAACUUCCAUCAGUUCAAAUUCCGUGCUUUGAUGGAAAGGAACUAAGCAAGUAUAAACCCUUUAAUGAUUUGUUUGUGGCCGUGAUUGGUAAUAACAGUACCUUAACUGAUGUUGAAAAACUGUUUUAUUUACGUAGUUAUUUAAAAGGUGAAGCCUUGUCCUUAAUUGUUAAUUUACCUAUUGUUCAUGAAUCAUAUAAGGAAGCUAUAUCCAUUUUAGAUAGUAGAUACAAAAAUGAGUUUAUCAUUACCAGUUCUCACAUUUAUGCUAUGUUAGAUGUACCUGACAUAAUCAAAGGGACUGCGAGUAACAUUCGUGAAUUUGUUGCCAAGAUUAAGCAAGAAGUAAGCGCAUUAAAAAACUUAGGUCAACCAGUUCACGAGUGGAAUAUGUUAUUGCUUUGUUUAUUGUCCAGAAAACUCGAUACAUAUACUAAUAGAGCCUUUCAAUUUGACAGGAACAAUGCCAAUGCAUUGCCCACACUUGAGGAAUUACUGCAGUUCUUGGAGAGUAGAGCUACAGCUUUAGAAUCUGUUGGUUUUCCAGAAAAAAAAAUUGAGCAAAUCGCUGAUGUGCAAUCUUGCAGUAAAACCAAAGGCAAAAAAGGGGAAAGGAAUGGAAUGUAAUUAUUGCAUGGAAUUGGGACACAAGGUAUAUAGGUGCAACAAGUUUAAAGGAAUUUCUGUUAUAGAUCGUAUCAAUUUUAUUGAAACCAAGGGUUUUUGUAAACUCUGUCUGAAUGACCAUAUUGAUAAAUGUAAUCUUAAUUUAAAAUGUCAUGUAUGUAAAGAAGGUCAUAACUCUUUACUGCAUCAAAUAGAAGAGAGUAGUGUGGUUUCUGUUGGUCAGAAUCAUGUAGAAAAUGUUAUCCUACCUAUUAUUAAAGUCAAAAUUAAAUCAAGGAAUGGCCAGGAGACUGUUGUUAGGGCACUUGUCGAUACAGGAUCUCAAACUUCCUUCUGUACUACCAAUUUAAUUAAUAAAUUGAAAUUGAACACCUUUAAUAGUGGUAAAACUAUUCUCGGCAUUACCAAUACAAUGUCGAAGGUUUCUAAGGCUGUUCACUUAUUGAUUGAAUCAUGUACAACUAAUUACAAAUUAAGUAUCAAAUGCUCAGUGGUGGAGAGGAUCACAAAAAAUCUGCCACAAGUUCCUAUUGACAUAUCACAGCUUAUCAUGCCGAACAACAUAAUUCUGUCUGAUAAUGAGUUCAAUGUGCCAAAGCCUAUUGAUUUAUUGUUGAGUGCUGACAUCUUUUUCAAAAUUUUACGACAAGAUCGUCUCCAGAUUGGUAACUUGGUGUUGCAAGAUACAGUAUUUGGUUACAUGGUCAGUGGUACUGUGCAACAAAAUAUUUGUAAUUUAUCCUUAGAAUAUUGUCAUUUUAAUUUAGAAGAGUUGGUAUCCAAAUUUUGGGACACUGAAAAGGUCUCUGAAAUUUAUCCUGAAUUCACAACUGAACAAGAAGCAUGCGAAUCAUGCUUUCAAAAGUCUGUUGUGAGAGUGGGUAAUAGGUUUCAAGUGUCUUUACCAUUGAAACAAGAAUUAAAUCCCGAUACAUUGGGAAAUUCAUAUAAGAUUGCCUUGAAACGAUUUAUAAAUUUAGAAAAAAGGUUUUCCAUUAAUCCUACCUUAUUUGAAAGUUAUUCAAGGUUUAUCAAUGAAUAUAUUGAGCUUGGUCACGCAAAAAUGGUUGAACUUCAAAAUGAUGAAAAAAUUGCUCAUUUUCUAGCUCAUCACCCAGUUAUAAGGGAUGAUAAGAAAACUACCAAAUUAAGAGUAGUUUUUGAUGGAAGCAUGAAAACAAAUAAGCAGGUAUCAUUGAAUGAUUUUAUGUACAACGGAGCGGUAGUUCAAAAUGAGCUAUUUGAUAUUUUGUUAUUAUUUCGGACAUUCAAAUUUGUGAUUCUAAGUGACAUAAAGCAGAUGUACAGACAAAUAUUAAUUUCUCCCGAGCACAAACCUCUUCAAAAUAUUUUAUGGAGAAGCGAUCCUAAAUCAUCAAUUACAUGUCUACAGCUACAAACAGUUACAUACGGGCUAAAAAGUUCGCCCUUUCUUGCAACUCGUUGCCUAGUGGAGUUGUGUAACCUGGAGGGUAAAAAGUUCCCUUUGGCGGCCAGGGCAGUGUUACAUAACACGUAUGUAGAUGAUAUUUUAGCUGGUGGCGACACUGUUGAAGAAGUCAUACAAUUACGAGAUGAACUCAUACAAUUAUUAAGUAACGGAUCAUUUGAAUUACAUAAAUGGUGUUCUAAUAACCCUUCUAUUUUAAAUGGUAUCCCAAUUGAAUUACAACAUUUUGAUGAACGUGAGAUGAAUCAUGAUUUGAUAGUAAAAACAUUAGGGUUGUCAUUUGAUGUUAAAUUAGACAUGUUUAAAAUAUCAAGUCCCAAGGAAAGCAUCACUAAGGCUAACACUAAACGUAAAAUUUUGAGCUUUUUAUGUAAAUUUUAUGAUCCUCUAGGAUUGGUAGGCCCACUUUUUGUAUCUGCAAAAAUUAUAAUGCAAAGGUUGUGGUUAAAGAAAAUAGACUGGGAUGACAUUUUAAGUGAUGAGUUACUUGAAACAUGGGAGGAGUUCGUAGAGAAUCUAAGAAAAAUGGAACCAAUUAAUAUUCCAAGAUACUUGCAAUUGAAUUCCCAUGCUACUAGUGAGCUUGUAGGUUUUUGCGACGCUUCCAUGUUUGCAUACGGUGCAGUUGUGUAUAUAAGAACUGUAAAUGAAACUGUUACGUCAACUUUAUUGUGUUCUAAAUCGCGCAUAGCUCCGUUGAAUAAAAAACUAACAAUACCCAGGUUAGAGUUAAACAGUGCGCUGUUAUUAGCAAAUGUAAUUCAUAAAGUAUAUAGUGUAUUAAAGAAAAGGAUAAACAAGGUGUAUUUGUACUCUGACUCUAACAUAGUAUUAGCUUGGAUAAAAACAAACUCUGUUA